AUGCUGCUGAAAGUUUGCGUAACACUUCUUUGCGGCUUCCUUUUCGCCUCAGCCUCUGCUACUGAAUAUGAAUGCCCAUAUAAGGCAUGUUACUGUGAAGGCAACACUAUCAUGUGCACUGACAUGGGAUUAAAUUCCACGCCAAAAAUCAUCAAUAAUUAUACGCCGCAGAUUACAACCCUAUAUCUUGAUUUGAAUCAAAUUACGACCAUACCUUCUGGUAGUAUUCCUGCAAAUUUAACGGAAAUCAUUUUGGAUGACAACCCAAUAAUAACCAUAAGCAACGAUGCCUUUGUUGAAUCUGCUGACACUCUACAAACACUUUCCUUCUCGGGUGCUCUUUUUACGGACAUUCCAAGAGCACUAACACCGUUGAGAGUCCUGAAAUACUUUGGACUUUACAAUUCUAAAGUCAGGAACUGGGAUGAAGAAGUCAUGAAGAGUAUCGGGGCAAAUCUUGAAAGUCUCACUCUUCAGAACGCUGGAGUUAUUUCAUCUCUGUCCUGGAUUCGGUAUUUCCCAAAUUUGAUGGAGUUAAUUAUCGAAGGUUGUUCCAUUUCUUAUCUCCCAGACAAUGUUUUAGAUAAGCUAACUGAUAGGUUGGUAACUGUUUCAUUUGCGAGUAACAGUUUAAAUGAGAUCCCGAGGGAUUUUUCCAAACUCACAAAUAUACAAAAAUUAGAUUUAGGUAACAACAAAAUAUCCAAUAUUACUUGGCUGCCCAGGUCUAAACUAAAGGCGCUGGUUCUAAAUAAUAAUCGAAUUAAGGACGCUACACCUCUAAGCAACGUUCUCCGAUCUGCCGCAGACUCACUUGAAACUCUAACAUUGCAAGUAAACCAGUUGGAAUUCAUACCAGAAUUAGAGUUUUUGAACAAUUUAUUGAAACUUGAUUUAACGUACAAUAGAAUUUCAGAUCCCCAUUCUGGGUCAAUGCCAGCUAACAUGUUCGCACUAGAUUUGGGAAACAAUCAUUUACCUUACAUUCCCUGGGCAAUGUCUAACUUAACACGCUUACAAGACCUGACUAUGAUCUCAAACUUUGUUCGAGAUAUAGAGGCUUCCAAUUUCCCCCAAGGUGUCAUUUGGGUUCACCUUGGAUACAACAUUAUUACAGAACUCAAUGUUGCAGAUUUCCCACCAAACUCUACAAUACAAUACUUACAUUUAAACAAUAACCCAAUUGGGCACAUUUCUACGAACGCUUUCGAAAACUUACCUAAUGUCAAUUUAAUCAACUUGGCAGGGACACAUAUAACCCGCCUGCCUUUAGCUCUAGCCACAGUCAAUAGUCUGAUAGUUUUUGAUGCGACCGACUGCGCGGGUUUGGUGUGUACCUGUCAGGAGAAGCGCUUGGCUUCCUUGUUUAUUCCUCUGAUGCCUGGCGAUAUCCAUGGCGACUGUGGUGUUACAAGUAUCUACGAUUUCUUUGCUAACUUUAGCUCGGGUUGUCCGUAA